AUGGGGACUACUGGGAACUCAUGCAACAAUGCUCGCAAAUCUACAUUUGCGGCACCGCUGAUUGUGGAGGAAGACAAAGGCUCUGAAAGGGGCAAAUAUCUCAACCCCCUCGAGCAUGGCCUGCCUGACUCUCGCGGCGGCGCGAUGUCCUCGCCGAAACCGGCGCAGGCGAAAACAGACCCGAAAGCCAAAGCCGACCCGAACGUGAAACCGACGACGGCGAAGGUGACUUCGGCGCAGCCGGACACAACGCUGCAAACGGAAAAUGCGGACUUGAAAAAGCAGAUUGCCCUGCUUGCCGACGCAGUCCGCAAAUUUCGUAGUUCUUCGCCUUGA